UUUCAGGUCAAAUGAUGUCGAAAUGGGAGAAACGGAUAUUGCAGACAGCUGCUGUUAUCGGUAUAAGUGUUUAUCCCAGUACUAUGAUUGCAUUCCAUAAUGGCUUGAUUGAGCUCGGAAGGCGGACUAUCGUUUACAAUGUCCCUGACGAAAUUGUGGAGAUGGUAGAAAGUGAACUGGACAAAUUGAAGAAUUUAUUGAUGAAAGUUAAUGCCAACAUUGCUGUGACCGAUUCACUGAAUCCCGAGUGGCGUGGAGGUUUUUAUUUUAGAAAUGGUUUUGAACUACUCCUACCUAUACGUGCUGUAGCAAAGAAUUUGUCCGAAGUGCCAAACAUGAAACAGAUAGUUAGUAUCAAGACGAACGAUUUCUUUUCCAGCAAGAAAAAAUUUUUGGAUACUACAACGGAUAUUGGAAAGCAUAUAUUUGAUGACUAUUUUCUUUCAGAAGCAGCUCGACGCUUCCUUAUCCGACGCGAGUUACUUAGAGCUAAUAGCCGCCAAUUUGUUAUGGUACCUGUUUCCAUGUGGAUUUUGUUGUUAAGCGUUGUAUGUUUAUCUUUCACAUUUUUAAUGCGUUAUGGACGCAUUAUUUCAUAUGGUUCUUUAACACUGUUGAUACCAUCGGCAGCUGUUGUUUUUCGGAAUGCCAUGAGAAAUUUCUUGAUACAUGGUGAAAUGAUGCUAGACUACGAUGCUUGUGCUGAUUCUCCGGAAUAUGUGGAAGGAGCACGCCAGUAUCUGAACUCAUCAAGGGCAACAAAUUUAAGAAUACGCAAUGCUCUAGGUGAUUUGGAAUCGAAGUUUAUUGCAGCGAACGGUGAUAGCGUUGGUGAUUCAUGGCCUUAUUCGAAACGAUUGAAAGCUAUUGAAAAAUUAGCUGCAGAACAGCGUCAGAAAAAAACUCUACCACCAGUAAUUCGCACGAGUAAAUUUAAUCCGUGAUCUUUGUUUUCCCCUUCAGUUAUUCAUGGAAUUUCACCAAAAU